AGACACAAAAAUUCAUUCAAACAUGCUCCUGUCAAGUACACGUCAGUUUAUAAUUUUGAGAGCUCGCAAUUUAAAGUUAACAAAUCCACCUUAAAUCUUUUUGAAUUACACGCAAUGAUUUUAACAUAGUAACGGCUCAAAAUGAUCUUAAUUAAUGCCAUAAACCGCUUAUCAACACUUUACCUUUAUUUUUUCGCCAGUUUAUGCAUGUUGAGUUAUUCUGAAGAUGCACCGGCAAAUUUAAACGACUCAAUCAAUGGACAACAAAACUUCACGUUUAGUAAUAAUUUAAGUUUUAGUUCCGAUCAUAGUGCAAAUGGUGUUAGUGGAAGUGCCACGGAACCUAGUGCUGCUAUUGAAUCUAGUUUUGAAGACUUAAACAAUGAUAAAUUUAGUCAGACUAAAUUUAAUUUUGGUGAAGUUGCAUCACAGAAUUCAGGAAUAUCAAAUGAAUUUGUCGAUACGGGUCAACCAUCAGUUAUUCCCUUAUCAGAUGUUGCAUUAACCGAUUUACAAAAUAAAAUUGAAGUUUCAACCGAAACUAGUCAAAAUGCAACUCCAAAUCUCGUCUCGAACGUUGCCGCUUCAUCGGAUGUGGAAGAUGAACCGUCAAAAAAAAUUGAGUCUCAAAAUAUAACUGAAACGCAAACUAAUAAUAGAUCUGAAGAAAUUGUCGAAGAUAAAAUCGUUGUUUUAACGACGGAAACGCCUCAAAAUAUAACCGGUGCGAACGAAGAUAUCCCAUCGUUUUCAGAGUGGGCUCAAAAACAACUAGAAGAAGCUGAAAAGAAAAAAGAAGUUGUUAAUUCUUCCGUACAAAGUAAUGGAGUAAAUGGAAAAAAUACGGGGAAUGUUAAAGUUAGAUCAAAAAAUUAUGCUUCGUUAGAUUGUGGUGCGAAAAUCGUCGCUGCCAAUCCGGAAGCGGUUAGUCCAAGCGCCGUUUUAUCAUCAUCGAGGGAUGAAUAUAAAUUAAACGCUUGUCAAAAUCGGAUAUGGUUCGUCGUUGAAUUAUGCGAAGCUGUACAAGCAAAGAAAAUAGAUUUAGCAAAUUUCGAAUUAUUUUCAUCAUCACCAAAAGAUUUUAGCGUUUACGUAAGCGAUCGAUUUCCAAGUAGAGAUUGGAUGAACGUCGGACACUUCACGGCAAAAGAUGAAAGAGACGUCCAAAGUUUCGAUUUACAACCUCAAUUAUUUGGAAAAUUCGUUAAAGUUGAAUUACACUCACAUCACGGAUCAGAACAUUUUUGCCCCAUUUCGUUAUUUCGAGUUUAUGGAACAUCAGAAUUUGAAGUUUUAGAAAAAGAAAAUCAAGCUCACGUUAAUUCAGAUGACGACGAAGACGACGAAACCUUAGAUUCUGAUAAUGGGGAUCAACACAAAAACUUAUUUAGUUCAGCUACGGAUGCUGUGAUAUCUAUCGUAAAAAAAGCUGCUGAAGUUUUAGGUAACAAACAAAAUUCAUCAAAUUACACAGAUGAAGCGGAAAAAAAUUCACCUAAACUUGUACACAGUUGUACAACACCAAGUCAUUUAAUUGUUUGUGAUAAUUGUAGCGAAGUUUUAUUUGGCGAAGUAUUUGAAUUAAUAAGUUGUAAGGGAAAUUAUUUAUAUCAUUUAAUUCGGUGCGAUUGGAUCAAAAAUACGAUUUAUAACACUGAUAUUUGCGUUGAAUUUGGUUUGGAUUUUAAAUCAAAGCGAAAAAAUGAAUCAAAAAUUUUUAAUCGAUUUGUUUUUUCGAUGUUUUCGAAAGGAUAUAUAGCUGCGUUAUGUAAUACAGCCGCCGUUUUAGAGAAUAAAGUUGUUUUAAAUAUUAGUAAACAAUUUCCAAAUGUUACUAAAGAAGUUCCUAAAGAAUUAGAAAUUAACGAAAAGAAACCUAAUUUAAAUAAAACGGAGGAAAUUGUUCAACCAACGGAAAAGUUAACGACAGAAAAAAUACAAAUAACUUCCAUUCCAACCGACGUAAAUACAUCAACAUCACAAAUAAAACCAACAAAAACAUUAACACCUGAUAAUGAUAUAAUAACACAUUUAACACCGGAAGUUAAAGACGACAAAACGGUUCAACCAACAGAACAACCAACUAUAAAUACAGAAAAUAAAACUGUAAAUAUUGAGGAGAAGGAAAUUGAGUAUAAUUUAACAGAUAUUGAAAUAACAACGGAGAGUUCCGAAGAUAUUGACAUUUUAAACGAAUUAAAUAACUUAAAUAAUAAUAAUAAUAAUUUACCAACACCCAGUACGACUCCUCAAGCUAAAGAAUCGGUGUUUUUGCGACUUUCAAACCGAAUAAAAGCCCUAGAAAGAAAUAUGUCUUUAUCAAGUCAAUAUUUAGAAGAAUUAAGUCGAAGAUAUAAAAAGCAAGUCGAAGAAAUGCAAAGAUUAUUAGAUAAAACUUUAGUAAGUCUCAACGAAGAAAGUAAAAAGCGCGAUGAACACAACAAAAAAUUAGAAGAACAAAUCAGCGAGUUAUCAGCCAUGGUUUAUACAUUAGCUGAAGAAAAAAAUAAUUGGAUUCGAGCAACAUAUUGGAUCAUUAUUUUUCUUGUUCUUAUUUUUGGUAUUCUUACAUUUUGCCGAAGAGUUGAACCUAAACACGCCGGAAUUACGCCAAAUACUAAAAUACAGCGUCGUCAAUCCAUCGCUGUCGUAAACCAUACAAUUCCCCCCAAAAAAAUAAGACGACCCAGCGAGGAAGCUUUAAAAAUAAGCGGUUCUUAUAAAGAUUUAAUGCGUAACAACGAAGACGUUAAAAAGAAAGUUAAAGAUCGAAAACGAAAAAAGAAAAAACCGAUGAGUCGAUCAACGUCUUUUGAUGUGCUUCCCGAAGAAAACACCGACAACGAACAUGAAACCAGAAAUGUUAAUUCGGAUACAAACGUUUUUAAGCGAUUGGAUUCGGCUCCGGCUCAAAUUGUUAUUGAUAAUAACAUUUCGCUGCGAAGUGAAAUAGAGGAUGUUCCUAUCGUUUUGGAUGAGUGCGAAAAUAGUCCGUUGGAGGAUUUAUCGGCCCAACCAAAUGUUAUUCCCGAUUAUAUAAAAACAGCUGGUGAAAUACGAAUGAAACGACGAUCCACUAAUGAAUCAUUCGUAAAUGGUGAUACCGAACGGGAAGAAACGCGAGAAUCGAGUCCUUCAAGAUCAUCGGAUGCUGGUUGUGUUAAUGUAGUUUCGGGAGAUGUUAAAAAAAAUUCGUCGCCUAAAAAAGAUCGGAAAGGGACAAUAAAACGAAUUUUUAAGAAAGUGUUUUAAAAGACUUCAACCAAUUUUUUUCUUAAUUUAUUUAUUAAGUAGUUUAACAUCAUUCCUUAUUUUAAUAAUAACUUAUGACCCGUCAAGAAUCUUAAUUUUGUACAUUUAUUCUAGAUUAUAUUGUGAUUUUAGAAGAAGUGUAAAUAUUAUUUAUUGCGUACUAUUGGGUGAAUGGGUAUCGACGCUUUUCAGAGAUUAAAAAGAAAGAUGAAUAUUGUAAAUCUAUUUAUUGUUGUAAGAAAAAAACAAACUAUUAUUGCUACUACUACACUAUUUGAGCUAAUCUCCUUACAUUUAUUAUGAAAAUGUAUUCAUUACUGACUAACGAAGGAUAAACAGAAAAAAAUUAAAAUAAAAACAAUUUAAACUAUUAUUUUAGUCAAAGUACUAGUCAUUUAACUAGAGGUCGUUAACAUUCCUUUUUAUUGUUAAAGUAAUGAAUAUGUAUAAAAAUGCCAUAUAUUUAUUAUAGAGAAAAACGUAUUGUAGAAAUACUGUGUAUUAAACUGUUAAUCUAUA